GAAAAGGGCUAUAAAAAGCAUAUCCAGACCAACCCAACCAACCUUGUAUAUUUGUUUCCACAUACACUCACUCUUCUUCAUCCCCAUUCAAUUCAAUUCAUCACACAAGCUCCAAUCCAUCCAUGUCCACCAACGACAUGGAUUUCCCAUUACCACCCUUACCCUCACCACCACCACCACCACCACCAACAACAACCCCUCACCCUCUUAACCUAGACAACCUUAAAGCCCUCAAAAUCCUUGGCAAAGGUGCCAUGGGCACCGUCUUCCUCGUCCACGACAUCACCGCCACCUCUACCACCUUCUUCGCCCUCAAGGUCGUCGAUAAAACCACCCACCACGGCAAGCUUGACGCCGACCGCCGCGCCCGCUGGGAAAUCGAAGUCCUCUCCAAGCUCUCCAGCCACCCCUUCCUCCCUUCCCUCCUGGGCUCCCUCGACACUCCGGACUUCCUCGCCUGGGCCCUACCAUACUGCCCCGGUGGCGACCUCAACCGCCUCCGCUACCGGCAAAACGACCGCGUGUUCUCCCCCUCCGUCAUCCGGUUCUACCUCGCGGAGAUUCUGUGCGCCCUCCACCACCUCCAUUCCCUCGGUAUCGCGUACCGUGACCUCAAACCGGAAAAUGUCCUCAUCCAACACAACGGUCACGUGACACUCACGGACUUCGACCUCUCACGCAAACUCACACCCAAAACCGUUGCAACAACCUCUCAUACGGUUACAACAGUUGCAACUGACAUUACCAACAAAGGUAACAGCAUUCCGCCAUCGGUUCCCACGGAUCCUAAUAAGAUUCCAUCAGAACCUCCUCAUCGCAGGAGACACCGCCGGAACUUCACCCGCUGGUUCCCGCUCCACUCGCCGGAUGCAGCUCGUAAGAACUUGAAGAAAGUGAAAUCCGCCAGAGUCAGCCCCGUGAGUCGACGCAGGACGAGUUUCAUCGGCGACGGCGAGAGGUCCAACUCGUUCGUCGGUACCGAGGAGUACGUGGCGCCGGAGGUGGUGCGCGGCGAGGGACACGAUUUCGCCGUGGAUUGGUGGGCGCUGGGGAUUCUGGCGUAUGAGAUGAUGUACGGUACGACGCCGUUUAAGGGGAAGAACCGCAAGGAUACGUUCCGGAAUGUGUUAGUGAAGUCGCCGGAGUUCGUUGGAAAACGGUCGUCGCUGACGGAUCUCAUCGAGAAGCUUCUGGAGAAGGAACCGACGGCGAGAUUGGGGUACACUCGCGGAGCCGAUGAGAUCAAGGAGCACAAGUUCUUCCGAGGUGUAAGGUGGGACAUGUUGACGGAGGUGGUGCGGCCGCCGUUCAUUCCGGGAAGGAACGACGCCGGAUCCCGUGAAUCGAUGGAGGGUUUGUUAGGUGGAGAGGGCGGCGUGAACAUUAGAGAUUAUUUUCAAAGGUCGCGGUUGCCGCCGUCUUUGCCACCCUCGCCGUUGCCCUCGCCAUCCGGCAAGUUCAAGAGGAAUGUUUCUCUAUCGGAAUUCUAAUGGUCACGUGCGAGGGCAUUGAUGGCACGUGGAAGAGUUAGUUAUUCGGUUUAUUUUUUUUAACGGUGUUUACGUUGUGAUUUGCUGUGCACAUAUAGAAUAACGGUAGAUCUUGAAAGAAAAUCGCUAAUCGGAUUAGUGGUAGUUAGUUAUAUAGCCAAGAGUUGUAGAAUACCAUUGUUUUGUACGUGGAAAAAAAUAACCCUUUUUCUUUUAAUUUUAA